AUGGGCGUUAUAUUUGGAUCUAGGGAUACGGCAACACCUCAAAUCGUUUGUAUUUUGAAGCACAUUUCAUCGGCACAAGCGGGACUAACGGCAGCUAUUCAUCAUGGGGACGAGGACGGCACUUUUUUGGCAAAUUUACCAGAAGAAGGCUUGUCGGUCGAAGAAACGAUCAAUGAAAUACGAAAAUAUUCCGAGAUGGAAGGUUCGGAUUGGAUGGGUGGGCGUUGUUCUGGAGCGGUAUUCCAUGUCGAGGAUGCCGAGAGUAAUGAAAUGCAGAUUUAUCGUGAGGUCUGUACACAUUUUGCGUGGACCAACCCACUUUGGCCGAAACUGUUCCCGGGUGUUAGAAAAAUGGAGGCUGAGAUCGUAAAAAUGUGUGCAUCGCUACUAGGUGGAGAUAAAGAUACCUGCGGAACGAUGUCUACCGGUGGCACAUCUUCUAUACUUUUGGCCUGCCUGGCACAUCGUAAUCGAGCGUUGAAAAAGGGAAUCCAAUUUCCGGAAAUGAUCAUCCCGGAGAGCGCCCAUGCUGCAUUCAUCAAAGCGGCGGAAAUAUUUAGAAUUAAAUUGAUCCGCAUCCCCGUUGAUAGGACGACUUAUAGGGUAGAUGUGCAAAAAAUGAAAAAUGCCAUCAGCAGCCGAACUUGCAUGCUUGUUGGCUCGGCGGUGAACUUUCCGACGGGUGCGCACGACGAAAUCGACGCCAUUGCUCGGCUUGGUCUUAAAUAUGACAUACCAGUUCAUGUAGAUGCUUGCUUGGGCGGAUUCCUAUUGCCAUUUGUCGUGAACGCACGGCCGUUUGAUUUCCGAGUCGAUGGUGUGACAUCAAUGAGCGCCGAUACGCACAAGUAUGGCCUGACACCAAAAGGGUCCUCGGUGGUACUGUAUCGGUCAAAAGAGUAUCUUCAUCACCAAUAUUUUUGUGACCCUGAUUGGCAGGGCGGAAUAUAUGCAAGCUCGACACUUGAAGGGUCACGGGCCGGACUCAAUAUUGCCCUUUGCUGGGCAUCAUUACGGUAUCAUGGUGUUGCCGGCUACCGCAAGACAGCCAACGCAGUUGUUACUGCGACAAUUAAAUUACGAAAUGCUAUUGCAGAAAUCUCAGGUUUAAAGCUGAUGGGAGACUGCGAUGUAUGCGUCGUAGGAUGGACAGGCGAUAAAGGGAUCAACAUUGAUCACUUUCAUUCGUUGAUGGAAAAGAAGAAAUGGGGUCUAGCUGCCCUGCAAUUUCCGUCAGGCGUGCACCUUAUGGUGACGAUGCUACAUACGCAACCUGGAGUAAUUGAAGCUCUUGUACGGGAUAUAAAGCUCACAGUCGAAUCAAUGCGAAAUUCGAAGCAAGCUAUUGAAGAAGGCUCAACCGCAGCACUUUAUGGAAUGGCUCAAAAGAUUCCGGAUCGCUCAAUUGUACACGAAUUCGCAUAUACCUAUCUUGAUACUUGCUAUACGGCCCCUCCAAUAUCUAGCGAU